AUGUCGAUCAUGGAUUGUAUAAAUUCGGUAGAUUCCUCAUCUCCAGUAGUACAAAAGUCUGCGAAUGACUUGAGGGAAUAUAAAGUGAUGCGUUUAUGCAAUAGGAUGAAAGUGCUUCUUAUAAGUGAUCCCGAAACAGAUAAAUCUGCAGUGUGUUUAUCUGUGAACAUUGGUUCGCUGUCGGAUCCGAAAGAACUGCCUGGUCUCGCACACUUUUGCGAGCAUAUGUUGUUUCUUGGUACGAAGUCAUUUCCGACAGAAAAUACCUAUUUGAAGUACAUAACCGAUCAUGGUGGUCACUGUAAUGCUUUCACGAGUCCAGAUAAAACUUCUUAUGUGUUUGAUGUUGCACCUGAAAGUUUGAUAGGAGCAUUGGAUAUUUUCUCACAAUUUUUCGUGUGCCCUCUUUUCACAGAUUCUGCAACAGAACGUGAGGUGAGUGCUGUACAGUCGGAACAUGAAAAGGAUAGUAGUAAUGAUACUAGACGUCUUUUUCAGCUAGAGCGAAACUUAUCGAAAGGUGGUCAUGAUUAUACGAAAUUCUUCUCCGGUAAUCGAUACUCAUUAUUUGAGUCCAGUUGUGCAAAAUCAGUGAAUACACGUGAAAAGUUGUUGCAGUUCUAUUCGACAUGGUAUUCGUCAAAUCUGAUGAGUCUAGUUAUUCUUGGAAGAGAAUCUAUAAAUGACCUACAGAAGCUUGCAGAAGAUAAUUUUUCGGAAGUUAUUGAUCGUAAUGUCGUGCAACCGUCAUGGAACGAUACUCCAUGGCCUGAUAUAUGUCUCAAGAAAAUGGUAUAUGUCGUCCCACUGAACGAUAUUCAUCAAAUGAAUAUAAUGUGGCCUAUUCCUGACUAUAUUCCAGACUAUACAGCUCAAGCCCCUAGUUAUGUGACUCAUUUACUUGGUCAUGAAAGCCGUGGAAGUUUACUGAGUUUAUUCAAAAAUGCAGGCUGGGCUAAUCGAUUAGCAUGCGGAGUUAGUAGGCCAGCAGCUGGAAUCUGUUCUCUAAUUUUGUCUAUUGAUUUAACUUUGAAAGGACUAGAAAAAACGAAUGAAAUUAUGACAAAUAUAUAUCAAUACAUUAAUAUGCUUCGCUCUGAUGAACCACAGAAAUGGAUUUUUGAUGAAGAACAGGCUUUAUGUCAAUUAAACUUUCGAUUUAAAGACAAAGAACGGCCUUAUGAAUAUGUGACUGGAUUGGCCAGUAAUCUAUUGCUUUAUGAAAUGCAAGAUGUUCUAACCGGUUCUUUCCUGGCAACUGUCUACGAUCCUGAUUUAAUUAGAAAAAUCUUAAGUUGUUUAACACCUGAUAAUAGCCGUGUCUUUCUAGUCAGUAAAACGUUUACAGACAAAUGUGUCGAGGAAGAACCCUGGUGUCACACUAAAUACCUUGCUAUUGAUAUUCCUGAAAAUGCCUUGUCAGUAUGGCGAAAUAGUUCUACUAAUCCUGAAUUAAGAUUCCCUGAGCCAAAUCCAUUCAUUGCUACUGAAUUUGAUUUGGUGCAAAACAAAUACCCCACAAAUGCUGAAAUACCGGAAUUAUUAAUCGAAACAGAUAUGUCUCGUAUUUGGUAUUUUCAAGAUAGAGAAUUCAAUCUUCCCAAAGGUUUUAUCACAUUUCAUAUUAUCAGUCCACUUGCAUUUUUCGAUCCUUUUCAUACAUCACUUUGUUUGAUUUACGCAAAUUUAUUUGAGGAUCAUAUUAAUGAACUAACAUAUUCCUCUAUGCUCGCUGGAAUGACUGUUUAUGUGAAACACACUGCUGAAGGUAUCAAGCUAACAUUUUUAGGAUAUUCGCAUAAAUUGAAAAGUUUUGUCGAAGAAAUUGCAACGGAAUUUGUAAAUUAUCAACCAGCAACUGACCGUUUCGAAUGUAUUCGUGAGAAUAUGUCUCGAGAGUUUUCCAAUUUCACAAUGAAACCAGCUUAUCAACAAUCCGGUGCAUAUUUAACAAGUCUUAUUUCAGAUCAUUCUUGGAUCAGUGAUGAUUUUGUUCGUGCUUUUAAAGAAAUUACGUACGAAAGGUUGAUUAAUUUCAUCAUGCAAUUUCAUGAACGCAUUUUUAUUGAAGGCUUUAUCUACGGUAAUAUCACUGAAGAGGAUGCAAUAAGUUAUCACGAAAUGAUUCGGGGCUUGUUGGUACAGAAGAUGACUUCUAAACCACUUUUAUUGUCUCACAUCUUAACCUCUCGAGAAGUAAUAAUUCCUGAAGAUUCCAGUUUUCUUUAUCAGCGAUAUAUUUCCGGUCAACCAGCUUCUGCAAUUUACUAUUACCUUCAAUGUGGUGAACAAUCUACGCUUAACGAUACAUUGCUCAAUUUGUUUUGUCAGAUUGUUAACGAGCCUGUUUUCAAUAAAUUACGUACUGAACAACAGUUGGGUUAUAUUGUACAGGCUGGACUCCGACGAUCCAACAAACUACAAGGUUUUCGUAUUUUAGUGCAAUCAUCGUAUCAUCCUAAUAAAAUUGAUAAAUGUAUCGAAGAAUUUCUAUUUACUGUAAAUAAACUGUUAGAAGAUAUGUCUGACGAAGAAUUUAAUGUUCAUGUACAAUCCCUCUUGACACAUUUACUGGAAAAACCGAAAGGUAUGCAAGAUCGAUUUGGGCGUUUAUGGUCUGAAAUUGCUUGUAGACAUUAUAAUUUCAAGCGAAAUUUACAUGAAGCCGACGUGCUGAAAUCGCUUAAAAAGAAUGAUGUUAUCGAUUUCUUUAAAAGGCAUAUGGAUCCAUCAUCAUGUACAAGGAGAAAAUUAACGGUUCAUGUAUUAUCGAAUGAAAAGCAUUCUUGUGAUUCAGAAUACAAUAAUCAUGAUGAGAAGGUAAUUGUUUUAAAGGAUUACACUGAAUUGAAACGUUGUUGUCCUUUGAGUGCUUUACCGAGACCAUUCAUGAUGUUCACAUCCAAAUGUGAAGGGAAUGUUCUGCGGUUUUAA